AUGACCUCUUCCUCCUCUACGGCAGCGAGUUCGCCGACAACGACAGUCAGCACUACGAAUAAUCUACCACGUCAUAAUCUAGUAGCAAGACCAAAGCUAACCACAACCUUAUGGGAAGAUGAAGGAACCAUUUGUUACCAAGUAGAUGCCAAUGGCAUUUGUGUAGCAAGACGUCAAGAUAAUGAUAUGAUCAAUGGAACAAAGUUGUUGAAUGUUGCCGGCAUGUCUCGUGGCAAACGUGAUGGCAUUUUAAAAAAUGAAAAAGGUCGUGUCGUAGUAAAAGUCGGAGCGAUGCAUUUAAAAGGCGUAUGGAUAACAUUUGCCCGAGCAAAAUUAUUAGCUGCCCAACAUAAGAUUCAAGAUAUUCUCUACCCUCUAUUUGUAGAUGAUCCAAGUGUUUUUCUUUAUAGUACAGCAGCAGCUUCUCUACACGCGGGCGGCUUAAUGACUACAGCAAGUAAUCGAUUUAACAAUUUUAGAAGCCCUUAUCAUAAUAAUAAUACGACUGCUACUGGCUGGAGUCGGUUGAAUGAUCCCAGUAAAGCUAUAUACCGUCAAAAAGUUAAAUCACGUUAA